AUGUCCACACAACCCGACGCCGCCUCUAUCGCCCGUCUCUCCCUACAUGACCCCUCACACUUCAACAUCCAGGACUCCCAAACACUUCACCGGCUGGGACUCCUGCAGCACUGGAACAUUCCCACUGGCUCUAAAAUCCUGGAACUAGGAUGCGGACAGGGAGACUGCACGACUGUCCUGGCCUCUGCUGUGGGCGAGCAGGGGAGCGUAGUGGCGGUCGAUCCGGCGGAUUUGGACUAUGCUCCUGCAGGCGCCCCGUAUACUCUCGGCGAAGCACAGAGUCACAUAUCGCAGGGCCCGCUGGGGAGGCGGAUUACUUGGGUGCAACAAUCCCCUGUUGAAUACCUGUCCUCUCUGCCCUCUCUCUCGCCGACCGCCAGGGAAAGUAAGUCUUUCGACGCAACAGUGCUCGCCCACUCCUUGUGGUAUUUCGCCUCCCCCUCGAUCAUCCUUGCCACCUUCCGUGCCCUCAAGCAGCACAGCAAACGUCUCCUCCUUGCUGAGUGGUCGUUAGUAGCCACACACCCCGCUGCUCAGCCUCACGUAUUAGCUGCGCUCGCCCAGGCAGCGCUGGAGUGCCGUAAGCCAAACAGCGAGUCGAACGUCCGCACCGUGCUGGGGCCAAAGCGGCUUGCUGAGCUGGCACUGGCUGCCGGGUGGCAGCUGGAGAAUGAGAGCCGCGUGCAAGGUGGGGAGGGGUUGUUGGACGGACAAUGGGAGGUCUCUGCUUGUCUUUCUUCCUUGUUUGAAAAGGAGGUAAAGGAGCAAGUGAGUGAUGAGAGGGAACAGGCGGUGGUUCUUGCGUUACGGGAUGCGUGUGAAGCGAGCUUGGAGGGUAUACCGGGGGGUCGGAAAGGAGUCAGGGCCAUGGAUGUUUGGGUUGCGAAUUUCGUCUGA